ACUGGCUAUGCUAGUCUAUGUUCUUCAUUGGCAACGCGUCUCGGUCGGGGGAGGGAGUGUACCGGUCCGUACAGAGGGGCCCUUUCCAUUAUUAUAUCUCGAGCACCGACAACUUUAUACGUAGUACAGGUAAAAACAAAAUGUAAGUAAAUAGUGUUGAGUAUCCCGAAACCCAUGAAAAGUGAUGAGAGCACGUUCCCUCUCAAAAACGAAGUGGUCCAGACUAUCAAAACCGACUGAUCAAGUCCGAAAGAUGCAUUUUGUGAAACACAAGACGUAAAGAAUUGACUACUGGCCCACAGCAGUGUCAGAAAAUUCGGUUGCGUGAAGCGAAAUUUUUAAUCAUGGUGGGGAAGUAGGAGCACAGCUGAGAGCUGUAAAGAGAUGAGUAAAAAGAGAUUUGUUCAGUAAGCAAAAGCAAGCUGUAGUCGUGCAAGAAGAUCAUUCUUGAACCACGUUUAAACGAAGAAGCAAACAUCAGGAGGAUUGGUCAACCCAACGCCCGCUUUUAAAAACAAGAAGAGCACAAGUUGUGUUUGUAAACAAACUUGUAGAUCGCGAGGAGGUUACAGCAGCAGCUCCUUCCUAAUGGCUCUCCUUGGAAGACUUCCCUCGGCUGCAUAUUAAUGUAUAGAAGCCGAUACCCGGCGCCCCUGACGAAAACGGCCUCCUGUAGAGACAUUCCGCUGUCGCAGAAGGGACCUUCAGACGAAAACCAAGACCACUACAUAGACGGCGGAGAAUGCCUCACCAACAUUCCUGAAGAAGGCGAAGAAAAGGCAGCAGGAGCAUCAGGGGAAGAGGAGCCUCAACGGGAAAGGACACAAGAGGUUAAGGGAGCAGGGAGGCAAGGGCAAGGCACGCAUUUAUACCUUUGGGGCACCGGCUGGAAGAGCGAGGCUGACUUACCUUCGUCAGUAGCAGAUUGUUUUGAGGACCCUUCUCUUUUGGCCAGACUACAAGCCCGGCUACUGACGCUUCUAGGAAGGGCUAGUAGGUACCGCCUUCAUCGAGGUCUCGGCGUUCCCCCAGUCAUGUCUUUGGACACGUUACGCCGGAAGGUGAAGGAAGCCCGCAAGCGUCUCCUACACCACCAUCCUACGGUCGCCACCUCAGCGUCCCAACACUCGACUUCCUCUUCGUCAUCAACCUCCAGCUCUCCACUGACCAGGAAGGACACCAGCGACUCUUUGGCCACCCCAGACUCACCGGCGUCGAGGCUGUCGUCCCCAGGAGUGAUCCACGACGCUCUGAGCAGGAGGAAUGACUCCGGCAUCUCUCCUCCCGGAAACAACUCCCUCCAGCAGUACUGGGGAGGCGGGGAUAGGGAAACCAGCGGGGGAGAGGAGGAGCUGGAACUCCUUCAGCAGUACCUCAACCUCCAGCAGCUGGCUGUGUCGAGAAAACACUCGACUCAGCUGAGGAGGAUUCGCGAUUCCCUCGUCAGCCGCGUCAGGAGCAGGCCGUCCUCCAUGGUCAAGCCUUCCGUCGCGCCCAGGGAGAACCCAAAAGCUCCGGUGCCCAACAAGGAGAGGCAGGCGCUUCGGAAUUUCCUUCUGGAUAUAGGUUUCGUGCAGUACUACUCACUACUAAAUCGCCAUGGAUAUGACCUGGCAACGGCAGCUCACAUGGAUGCUCUGGAUCUAGCCAGCGUCGGCAUCACUGAACCUCUCCAUCGAAUGGCCAUCAAGUUUGAGUUCGACCUUGUGAAAAGACCACCUCCAGUUCCAGAUGACAUUCCAGAGACCUGUGAAGAAUGGCUAUCCUCUAUGGGCCUGGAAGACUACAUUGAAAACUUCCACCAAAAUGGUAUCUAUUGCCCUCUAGCGGCGCUGGGGCUAACUAAGCGGGACCUUCAAGUAAUGGGCAUCUACAUGCUGGGUCACAGGAAGAAAAUCCUCCUCGCCAUUUUGGGGUUGAAAGAGUCGCUCUUGAGGAGGGAGUGAAUGGCCGUCGAUUUCAGGCCAGGAUUGUCUACUGCGCAGGAUGGUGAUGUAGGGUAAAAGGUCUCCCGUGACUUCCUGUAGUUUCUUCAAUGCAAAGUUUAUUGUACAAGUCCAGAGGCCAUUGUUAAGUGUCUUAGAAUGACCUCUUAUCGUCUCUGUAAGUCAAAGUUUGUCAUUCACUGCAGAGAAUUCUGAAUGUAUAGAACUUCAUUUCAAAAUCUCUUUUCACAUUUUGUAACCUAUGUAACCUAGUUUUUUCUUUAAUAUAUCAUUUGGAUCCAAGUAAAUUCAUGACAGGAGGUUUAUCAUCUGGACAAGAGAAGCUUGAUUCAUGUAAUUCCGUACAAUGUCCAGACUUUUUCAAUGCCUUCUUCAGUUUCAUAUAACUCCAAGUUUAUCAAGCAUCCAUAGGUAACUUCAUUAACGGUUUUUGUUAUGUUUCUAUGGACUUAUUAACUAAUAGUAGCUUUGAUACUUUAUGAAAAAACUCAUUGCUCAAUGGUAAACCUCUUGGCUUCAUUAGUUUCUGAAUCUUCCAUUCAUUAAUGUUCCAAGUUCGUCGAAUAAGAGUGAUUUGACUCCAGAUCUAUCGUACAGCGCAAAAGUCAUUGACUUCUUACAGUUACUGUAACAAAUAAACUUUAUUAUGCAGUUCAAACGUCGGUGGGGUUCUAUUACUAACAUACAGACAUAUCAUACAAUGCAAAGGCUUGUUAACAAAUUUGAUUAUGUUGUAGAUAUGUGUAAAUAUGACAAUAAAGACGUACUAUAUCACCCUUCACCUUAGUUUACAAUGUUGACAAGUUCUUUCUUUCAUGAACGAAGUUCAUAGUGGCUGAUUCUGAAAACAGGCGAGAAAAAUGACUUGACUUACGUUCUGAUGAGAUUGAACGUUAAAGAUACGAGUUCGUAUUUUUCUGUACAUAAUCAUCUUGAUAUUUUGUAAAGAACAAAAGACUAACAGUUAGGUUUUUUCUUUUUUAUAGGCUAUGUAGGAAAAAGCACUUAAUUUAGUACAGAAUCCUUUUUGUCACUUAUCUGUAGAUUUUUAAACGUUGCUAUGCCUGGUCUAUGAAAGUUUGGAAUGCUGUAUCAUGUUUAUAUAGAGUUUUAGGAAGCAUAUAUGAAACUUUACUUUUAUAAUCAAUAUUUAUGAUGUACAGGUAUGUGUACAGCUUGUUAAGAUGUGAUAAUGUAGAAUAUUAAGUAUACAACAAUUUUUAUA